UCUGCUAGAUUCUGUCCUAGACAAGUCGCUUGGAGAUUUUUACUUAGUUUUUGCUUCGUAAUUGAAUUCGUCGUCGUCGUAUUGCUUAGUGUCAUAAUGAUUGCUGGCCGGUACAACGAUAACUGUGUGGAGUAUACCCAGAAGGGUACGCGUUGUUUGAGGAAGGUUCCCCUAGCCUUAGGAAUUGAAGGAGAGUGCUGGCAACACCGUCAACAGCCAGCCGAGGUCCAGUGCUCUGCACAUACUGGGCUUCAUGGGAAUGGCAGACGUUGCAGCCGGCGUGGACGUCACACGCUAGACGAAAACGCCGUUGAACUCUACUGCACGCAACACGUCAACAAGUUGCAUCGCGAGAACGGCCGUGCGGAGGUCGUUUCUGCUAAUCGCCAACAGCAGGAUGAACAGCGUAGGAGGGCGGAGGAGCGUGAGCAACUCCACCCGAGACGAAGGUCACCGCGUCUGGUAGAGCGAGAGAUCGCCGCUGCCGCUGUUCAGCUCGCCGCAGAGAGGGAGCAACGUCGUGCCGCCAAUCGGGCAAACCAGAACCUGCGGAGGUCGGCCCGGAUUGCCGCGAGGCGAGGCAAUGUGUGAUAAUAGCCUGGACUGAUUCGCAGAAGCAGCAGGGGGGAGACCGAGGGGGGAUACUGGGUCGAACACUGCUGAGGUUCUCGGGACGUAAACGCCUUGCUAUAGGAGUAGUAGGGAGGAAGCCGAGACGGGUAGUGCAUGGUCACUCAAACCAGGCCCGCUGCACUAUCGUGGUCAAGAAAGACUGGGUGUGGUCAGUCGGGGUAGACGCCGGAGGCCAUUCUCUUUCUUUGACCGCCUGUAAAUUAUUUCCAAGAAGAUCAGGCCUCACCGUGGGACGCGCACACACGUCGUAGGUAUGCAGGUAUUUCAAUGUCUACCUUGUGACAAUAUGUUCCUAUUCACCAGAUCUGUUUACCCCCAUACCUCCUAAUGGGAGUCAUGUAUAUCUAUGAG